UUUAGUACAAUUUCAUUUUAAAGGCUCACUUCAUGGCUUCCGUACAUCAGCGUUGAAUAUGUGGGACUAACUGAGAAUAAACCCUGUGUAACUUUUGACUAUUUUGGGGGAGAAUGACGAUAGACGACACUCUGCGGCGAGACCUUUUCAAGUCUAAGGCCAAGUCUGGUGAUCGAGAAGGGAGCGGGACAAAGGCUUAUGACAUUGACUUGGACAAGCACCUGGUGUCUUCUUCGAAACAGGUACUAUUGAAGCAUGUAGAUUUCCAGGCAGCACAGAAAGACAUUUCGUUUCGUCUCCAGAAUCUGCGAGGGAAAUAUGUCCCAUUGAAUGCAGCCAAGUCAAACUUACAGGGUGAAGGCUCUAAGAAGUCCCAAGGAUAUUCACACAAAGGCAAGAUGAGCCUUCAGGAUGAGAGCCAAAGCAAGUCGGAUGGCAUCCCGGCCCCCAAGCAGGUGCUCUACAAGCCGGAGAGGGUGCGGCUGGACUGGCAGAAGUGUAACCGAGUCGGCAGCGGCCUCAUCAACAUGGGCAACACCUGCUUCCUCAACUCCACCCUGCAGUGCCUGACCUACACAGCCCCUCUGGCGAACUACCUGCUCAGCCAUCAACACAAGGAGGAGUGUCGAUCAUAUGGUUUCUGCAUCCUGUGUGACCUCUACACACACAUCCAGCGUGCCUUCCAGCAUCCAAACCAAGCCAUUAGACCCAUGAACAUGAUACACAAACUCAAAAGUAUAGCCAAGCACAUGCAUAUAGGACGGCAGGAAGACGCACACGAGUUCCUACGCUAUGUCAUAGAAGCAAUGCAGAAGUCCUGUCUUAGUGGAUAUGAUAAUAAACUGGAUAGGUACAGCAAGGAAACCAGUCCUGUACAUCAGAUAUUCGGAGGCUACUACAGAAGCAGAGUGAUAUGUGCAGCAUGUCAGAGUAAAUCAGACACCUUUGACCCUUUCUUGGACAUCAGUCUGGACAUCAAGCAUGCUCCUUCUGUUCACAAAGCCUUGAAUAGACUUAUACAAUCUGAAAUGCUAGAUGGGGAUAAUGCGUACCAAUGCAAAAGGUGCAACAGAAAAGUGCUAGCACAGAAGAGGUUCACGAUACACCGAUGUCCCAAUAUACUCACACUUUGCCUGAAGAGGUUUGAGUUCAACCGCUUCAGCAUGGGUAAGAUCAACAAGGAAGUGAGCUACUCAGAAUACCUCAAUCUUCGGCCGUUCAUGAGUGAAACCAAAGGUCCUGCCGUCGGCUACCAGCUCUACGCCGUCCUGAAGCAUGAGGGUGGCUCCUGCAACUCUGGCCAUUACUACUGCUACGUGCGCGCCCCCAACCAGUCCUGGUACUGCAUGAAUGACUCCUACGUCAGUCAGUGCAGUCUGAACAGGGUGCUCAACCAGAAUGCCUACGUCCUCUUCUACAUCAGGAAACCUCCCAAGCCCAAUGUCAAUGGGAACAAUCAGAUGCAGGCACAGCAGACCAACAAACAAAUGCCAAAGACAGCCACCUCACCUGGCAUCACCCACAAGGCUUCUAACCCUCAUCAGGGUCCAGUUGGCACACCUAUUGCCAGACCCAAGCCUACCCCUCCCAGGCCCACUACACCAACGUCAUCGCACACACCACUUACUCCUAAGCCAAAGAUCAUCCGAGAGCCAGAAAAGAAGCCGCAGACAUUCACCCCAAUGGCCAAGCACAACCUGCCUCAGAUGAUCGCACCACCUGGGAAGAGAGACAAGUUGUCCUUCGUGAUCAAGAGCAAAGGUAUCGCAAGCACUCUGCUGAGUUUGAAGCAGGGACAAGGUAGCGUGAAGCAGGGACCAGGUAGCGUGAAGCAGGCACAAGGUAGCGUGAGUGCGGAGACCAAAGGCAAUCCACUCCUGGACAAAGGUGGUGCCUCAGGUCCGCCUCGAAGUGAUUCAUCAAGCAUCUCUGGGAAAUCGCCACUCAAGGCAAAGAAUAAUGGGGACGUUGCUGUUGCAACAAAGAAACAUAAAGCUCCCGGAUUGCUGAAGUCGAAGGAAGAGGAGAAACCAACCGAGUCGCCGAAGAAGGCAACAGUGGUGAAGAAGACAACAGUGAUGACAAAGACAACAGUGAUGACAAAGGCAACAGUAGUGACAAAGGUCAAGAAGCGCUCGUCUCUAGUGCCAUAUGACAAUGAUGAUGACUCGAGUUCCUCAAGUGACUCUGACACAAACUAUGAUGCCGUUGUAGAACGUUUGAGCAAGGGUGCAGUGAAAGAUACUGGUGCCUCAUCCAGUAAUGGUAGCAAAGAGGUGGUGAAAGGGGAUCCGGACAUGAAACCCCCCGAUGCAGCUGCUUUAGAGAGAGAGAGAGAAAAGAGGUCUGCUCUUGCUAGCAGCAUAAACUUGACUGCCAUCCGCAAGACAGACUCACCUCUCAAAUUGACAAUCACCACAAAUGGAAAUGCCCAGCGCAUUAUGAGCACAACACCAUGGAAAGUUACAGAUGGUGAUGAACAGGUUUCACCGUCAGUCACAUCAGAUAGCAGCAACCACAGCAAUCAAUCCUCCAACUCUACCAGGGAGUGGGCUGUGAAUGACAAGAAGGAUAAGCAAUCAGUUGAAGAGGCAGUUAAGAAAGAGGCCUCUCAUGUUGGUUGGAGCGUCAAGCCUUCCCCCUCCCGCAAUGGUGUGGGUAAGUUCAGGCCUGAUAAUGGAGAGGACAGAAGGACUGGCUCCCCCACAAAGCCAACCCCUUGCAAAACAAAGAAAGACGUGACUGCAGGGAACGGUUUGAAAAACAGAACUCCCUCCUUUUCUGAAAAAUCUUUUGUGAGCAAAAGAGAAAAACUUGGUAUUGUUCCCAAGCAGUUGAAUGGCAAGCAUGUGAACCAAGACAGGACUAAGCUGAGUGUGCCUGACACCCAGACAGAUGUGCAAGGUAGCUCUGGUGUUGGGAAGGAAAGGGAAAAAUCCAAUGGUAAAUCAUUUCUUGUACAUCAACAGUCGGCCAUCACAAAACAUGGGGUUGAUGCCCAAAGCUCCAAUGGCAAAAAAAAUGGUUCAGAUUUUAAGAAAGACACUGCUAGCUCAAGUGAUGAUAGUGAUAGCGAGGAGGAGGAGGAGGUCGGGAAAAACAAUAAAUCACGGUCAGAAGUCACCCUCAAGAAGAAUAAGAAGAAGAAAACGAAGAAGUUUGUUAGUGAUGCAGAACCACCAGCGACCAGUGAAGCAAAUGGACAGAGUGAUAGGAAGGAUACGAGUGAGAAAGGAACGGGCGUCGGUAAGAGUGAGAAAUUACCAGAGAGUGACGCAUUCCGGAAAUAUCGUGGGACGGGUAACGACUCGGACAGCGAUCACGGGAGCAAUGCUGCUUUCAAGAGGAAGAAGAACGGACAGCCAGCCUCCGGUCUGCACCAUCAGAAGUUCCCACCAGCUCCACAGCGCUUUCAUCAAGAGAGAUUCAGCUCACCGACGGACAGCGAUUAUGACGAGGAUUCUCCAGUGGGGCCUCACAAUCAGGGGCCACGGAGGAAGCGGGAGUAUCCCGGCGGCGGGCAGGGCUAUUACGAGGAAAGGCCGCACCCCCCACAACAGCAGGGACAGGCCCACUGGUACGGCGCACCCCUGGGGAACAAGAGGAAGAAGAUGGUGAAUGGAUAUGAUGAUGGCUACGGGAAGCAGGACCAAAGGAGAUUCAGACAAGAAGGUCCCCACCAGCACUGGGACCACCACAUUCAGCAGGGUGGAUAUCCACAGCGACCGGGUGGAGAUGGCCCCCCUCAUAAGAUGAGCCAGUCUUGGGAUGGGACCAGGAGACCUCCUCCGGGAGAGGUGAUGGACUUCCUCAACAAAUCCUCUCACAAAGGAUACGGACCAUCGGUGCAAAGUUGGGAUGGUGGACGGAGCGGCAUCGAUGAGGAGGUUGCUAGAGACCAUGCCAACAUGAAGAGGAGGAGUACAUGGAACGAUGAUUACGAUAUGGGGAAGGUGAAGAAGAUGAGGAAACCCUUUAACCCUCAAGAUCAGCUCCCUGGCCAUCACAAUUCCUUCCAGCAUGUACAGAACCAUCGCAAUAAGGGCAGCUUUCAUGGGCAGCAUCGCGGAGGAUUUAACCAGCAUCAUAUCAAGAAAUCACGGAGUUGGCAUGGCGGCAACCGAAGAAUGAGGUGAUGUCAUCAUCGUCAUGGAUACCAUCCUUUGCCGUUUCUUACCUUUUAUAGUCGCAGAGUUCAUUAUCUAGUAAGAGAUGUUAUCAGCAAAAUCAGCACUAACACUUCUCAUAUUCAUGCAUGGAAGCAUGUCAAAUUCAGGGUGACCGUACAACGUUUUAAUCUCCAUUAGACUGUGUGGAUACAAUGUUCGCUCCAUGCUCUGGUGAUCGAUUACUUCUCAGUCAUAGCGCUAAAUGUGAACAGAAUGACAGAGUUCUGCAUUCUGACAAAGUAGAGCUAUUAACAGUGACGUUCACAUACGGACAGCAAGAACGGCUCCUAGACCUGUGUGUUGGAUGUUGACAGAGGAAGCAAUGAGGUUUACUAUGAACCAUACCAAUAGCAGGUACAAUAUAUAUAGAAAUAUCUUGGAUUCGUCAUACCUAGAGGGGAAGAUCAUGCCUUAAAGGAGUUUUAUUGUGAAGCAUGAAAGAAAAUGGAAAAGGAUUGAAAAAAGGAGAAAAGAAAUUAACUGACAUUGUCUCAAGUAUUGAGAUUUCCAUGUUGAGGCCUUUGGUCUUCACAUGACCCAAGCAUCUGCUUCGGUCUUGAUAUUGUUCCCUCUAGGGUCCCGUUUCACAAAACCUUUUUUUCAAUGACAAAUGACAAAUGCCCCCCCCCCCCAGGUUGCAAUUCGUACAAAAAGAUUACCCCUGGAUUUUUUUUAAUUCCCUCAUGAUGACUGUCUCUUGAAAUUUUGUUCUAUUUUUACAAUCUUUAGAAGUCGUCCCCUGUUUGAGUAAGCUUUUGCUUGACUUGCUGCAAGCUUCUUCUGGGCCCUGUUUCACAAAACUUAUCAUCAGUGACAAAUGACAGUCUUUGUUAUAAGCUACUGAAAUCCUUGCUUCUGAUUGGUUAUCAGCAUAUCUGUCACUGAUAUUUGUCAUUUGUCAUUGAAAAAGGGUUUGUGAAACAGGCCCCUGCCGUAUGCCAUAGCUGGCGCUGUUGCUGAUGAAGUACGGCGAUAGGGUAGAAUGGGAUCGUAGAUCAUUGUAAGUUGAAGAAAGCGACUUGGGACAAUAUACAGCUACUGCAUUGGUAUGAAGAAGUUUUCAGCAUAGUCAGUGAGAGCUUACCGAAACGGGUAAUACGUCUAUUUGGAGCCAGAAGGG